UGGACCGUGGCGGUGAUGGGCGGGUUCACCGGCGGAGUGAGGAGAGACAAUAGAGAGCGGCUUGACGGCCAGCGAACAGCGGACAGACAGUGUCAGAGACAGCGGGUGUCCCUGCUGAGGUUUCAUCUCCAGACUCAGGUCCACGCUGCUGAGAGUAAAAGAAGAAGAAGGACACAGCGGUUCCUCGAUGAUGGACUGACAGCCGCGGAUACUGCUCGCAGCGCGUCCCGAAAGGUCCACAGGAACCGUCUCCAGACCCAGCCCUUGGGCCCGGAUCGAACCUCCAGAAGCAUGAACUCCUCGCCUCACGGCUCCCACGCCUCCAUCGACAUCCUGGAGGAGCUACAGCUGAUCGCCGCCCAGAACCUGGAGAAGCUGGACAUCCAUAAAUACUAUGAGGUCGUCCGCGAGCUGGGCAAAGGCACGUACGGGAAAGUGGAUCUGGUCGUCCACAAAAUCAGAGGCACCAAAAUGGCCUUGAAGUUCCUGAGGAAGAGGACGACGAAGCUCAAGAGCUUCCUGCGCGAGUACAGCGUCUCCCUCUACCUGUCGCCCUGCCCGUUCAUCAUCAACAUGUACGGCAUCGCCUUCGAAACAGACGACUACUACGUCUUCGCCCAGGAGUACGCGGUGGCGGGAGACCUGUUCGACAUCAUCCCUCCACAGGUGGGUCUCACUGAGACGGUGGCCAAGCGCUGCGUCCACCAGGUCGCCAUCGCUCUGGACUACCUGCACUGCAAGAAGCUGGUGCACCGGGACAUCAAGCCUGAGAACAUCCUCAUCUUCGACAAGGAGUGCAGGAAGGUCAAGCUGUCGGACUUCGGCAUGACGCGCCGCGCCGGCUCGCCGGUCAAGCGCGUGAGCGGGACCAUCCCCUACACGGCGCCCGAGCUGUGCGACCCGUGCCGCCGCGAGGGCUUCUGCGUGGACCACAGCACGGACGUGUGGGCGUUUGGCGUGCUCCUCUUCUGCAUGCUGACGGGGAACUUCCCCUGGGAGAAGGCCAUGCCCGGCGACGCCUUCUACGAGGAGUUCGCGCGCUGGCAGCGGCGCCGGAGCGGCGCGGUGCCGUCGCAGUGGCGCCGCUUCACGGACGACGCCCUGCGGAUGUUCCGCAGGCUCCUGUCCAUCGAGCAGGAGCGGCGCUGCUCCGUCAAGGAGGUGUUCGGCUACUUCAACCACGGCUGGAUGCUGGACGCGGAGAACGGGAACGGCGGCGGCGCGGGCGUUCCUCCUCUGGACAUCAGCCUGACCUCGUCUGAGGAGGACGUGCUGGUGGACCGACUCAAGCAGCAGAGUCUGUCCCCCGUUUGCAUGGCGACCAAGGGGAACAUGGUGAUGGACACGCACUACUCAAGCUCCAUGUCCACCAACAGCUCGCCGUCCUCCACCGGCAGCUACGAGCGCGUGAACAGGGAGAACAACGAGCGGGGGCGCCUCCUGGUCACCACGCCCAUCGAGAUCUGCGUGUAGAGGCUGCCGAUGCCGAGCGACAGGCUACCUGCUCACACACACACACACACGCACACGCACACCGGGUGUGUGUCUCCGGGUGGAGGAGGAGGGCGAGGGUGGCGACGCGCGGCCGUGCGCGGCGCCAGGAAACUGUCAGUGUUUGCGAUUCGCCGGAGCUUCGGUGCGGAUUUGCUCAUUUCUGAUGAAGACGAGCUCUGAGGAAAUGAAGGCUGAGACAAUCACGCGCUGUUGGCUCCUGUUCGCGGUUUAUACUUUAGCUGGUGGGAGAAGACGUCCACUCACAGGGUGUCCGACUUGUUGGAGGGAGCAACAUCAAACAAACAAACAAACAAAACCAACACAAGCAAGAUGUAAAACCAUUUGGAGCGUCAGAUGUUCGUGCAUAACAGCACCCACGAGUCAUGAUGUGUGUGAGUGUUGUUUUCUGUAUAGUGCAUUUCUUAAUUUUAUUUGGUUAAUGUCAGAUGCAUGUAUUUAUGAUUUAUUACGUGGAGAUCUGAAACCUGAAUAUUCUCUCCUAUUCUGGAUUUUACAGACUGUAUUUGCAUUUUUUUUCCCAAAUGUUAUAUAUAAUUUUGUUUUUGUCUAUCAAAAGUAAUGUACGUAGAUGACCUGUGUCCUUUUCAUGUUCCCUGUGAUGGCUAAAUACUGUAGAGUAGCAGUCAGCAAUAGAAGCAACUGAAGCUGCACCUCAUAGCUGCUCCCAAUAAACUGCUCAGAUCCUACUGUUACAUGUUCUGUUAGCGUAUGUAAAGGGAUGAAUGCGUUCAAAUGAAUAUUUAUUUUGUUUGUGAUUAUUUACAGUCAUGAGACUACUGAGAACAGUUCAAUGAUCAUAUAGUAAGUGUCUUGUGAGUCAUUAUCUAACAAUGGAAAUAUUUGGACUGAAACAUACAGGAAAAUAAUUUAAUUACCUUUACACCUUUAAUCGCACAAAUUUUACAAAUUCAACCCCCAUCUAAGCGUUUAUUCCUGUUUUUGUUGUACAAUUUAUGAUAAACCCUAAAAAUGUGACACACAAUGGAUGAAUGUAGAAAACUUCAGAAGUCUGUUGUUUUUUUGUAAUUAAUGCAUGACUGUAACUGUGGUGAUCAUUUGUUGAAAUAAACUCAAAAAAGAAGCA